AAAUUCUGGAAUGCUACUAAGCAUAGUAACAGUACAGUAAUCAGCCAGUCAGAAACUCUACAUGUUGUUUUUCACUUUCGAGAUGUUUCUGGCAAAACGUCUAGUAAACCUUGAUUGGAUAAAAUGUUUCUUAAUGUUUCCUGAGCCUUUCUUGUCACCUCAACAGGGCCAUCCAUCAGUAUUCUUCAUCCGACUACUUUUUAGGUGACUCUUUUCAGUUUGUUACCAAUUACCUUCGAUUCCUUUGAUGUCCGUUACAAUACCCGAGUCAGUGUGUUCCCUGGUCUUCCUUUUAUCCUCUUUCCGUCACAGUUCCAAGUAAGCACAUGCCUUGUAAUGCAGUUUGAUGAAUUCCUCAAUGUUUGUCUUUUCCACCUCCAACGUCUUUUGCUAAUUUCCUUUUCAGCUUGAACCUGGUUUGGUUUCUCCCACAGUAGGUUGUUGCUGAUGGGAUUCGGUCAACGGACAUUGAGUAUCUUACGUAGACAAUUGUUUUUAAUACCCGUGCAUUUUUGAUGAUGGUUUUAGUUGUUUCCCAAGUUUCAGCUCCAUACAUUAGAACUGUUUUGACGUUUGAUCGAUGUACCAAACUCCGCCUGUAGCCUUUUUAAGAUUACUGCCAUCCCCCAGGCUCGGUUAAAGGAUGAGGGUUGAGCAUGGUGUCAACAACCCAAUCUUGUAAAAGAAAACCUUGUCAUAAAAACUCUAACUGAAAAAAAACUAUCCCCUAAUACUGUAAAUGUUCGAAAUUCAGAAUUGGACUGACGAUGGCAGUCCAGUUGCUCGUUAAAAUAUAAACACGACUAUUGGGUGAACGUGAAGAAAUAUUGUUGUAAAAUUUCCAGUUAUCAUUUCAUUUUCUGAUGAGCCUUCCACAUUUGAAUCAUCAUGCAACGGAUGCAGCUAUCUAUAUUUAUAUGUACAGUAUAUAUGUUGAAACUCCUGUAUCAAAUAUGACAGAAAAUAUUAGUGCAUGGUUAACUGUAGCACUUGCUAUUGAACGUUAUGUGAGUAUGAAACAUUGGUCUUUAUCAAAACGAUAUUUUACACGUAAAACUACACGUCAAUUAAUUGCUUCGAUAUGUAUAAUAGCAUUUAUUUUUAAUAUUCCAUAUUUUGCAAUUCAACGAGUAUCAUUGAAAUAUGUUGAUGGUGUAUUACAAUUGCAUAGUGAUUUAACUAGUUUUUCACGUUCAACAUAUUAUGCAUUUUAUUCUUGGUUACGUAUUGUAUUUGUUCAAAUUAUUCCAUUAUGUUUCUUAUGUAUCUCAAAUUGUUUACUGUUUAUACUUGUAUCACAUCAUAAUCGUCGAUUUACAAAUAAUAAAAUGAACAAUAAUAUUAAUAGCAAAGAAAAUAAACUAUCUGGAAAUACAUUUGGCAUAUCAAAAACCCAUAAACAACGUAUUCAAGUCGAUGAUACAUCACAAGAUAGUUGUACAGAUGCUAUAAAUAAUUUCGGUGAACAAAAAUUGAUUACUGAAUCCAAUUUACAGUCAAUUCAAGAAAAUGAACUUACUAUUCCAGAAAAAAUGGUUGACAGAAACGAAGUCCAGUCGACAUCCAGAAAGAAUACUCACGAUAAUAAUGAUAAUGAUAAUAAUAAUAAUAAUAAUAGUAGUAGUAUUAAAAUCAAAAGACCAAUAUUGCAAGAUCGUUCAAAACAACGAAGACAAAAUGCCCAAAGAAAAUUAACUAUCUUAUUAAUAGCUGUAAUUUUAUUAUUUUUAGUUGGUCAAGUACCUCAAUCAUUAGCUUAUGUUCGAGUAUUCACUACACUUGGUGUAUGCUCUAUUGAUCAAAUACAAACAUGUGUAACUUAUCAUUUAUAUAGAAUGAUAACAAUUAAUUUAGCUCAAUUUGCAUUUGCAUCAACAUUUUUUCUUUAUUUAUUUCUUAAUAGAGAUUUCCGGGAAACACUUAGGUUUAUUUGUUGUCGUCUGUGUCAAAAAUGUAAAAUUUCUGAAACUAAUCAAAGAUUAUUAAGAGAAACAAAUUACCUUAAUGAACCACCUUCUAACUUCCCAAAAUGAAUAUAUAUAUAUAUAUAUAUAUACUUUUUUUCCAGUUUAAUGAACAACUUGGAUUUUCUUAAAUAUAUAUCAUUCCUAAUUUUGUUUGUUACUGUCAUUUCAAUUAUUCAUAAAUGUUGUUUGAAUACAAUGAUUGUUUUUGCUAUCCUGUUUGAGUCAGGCAAAAGUUGAGUCGAAUUGGAUAUGUCCAAACAUGUUGAUAGUUUAAUAGACUACAGUAACCAGUUAACAUCUUAAUCAAGGUUCCAUCGCUUCUUAUUUUACGCAAAUUCAGUAAAAAAAUUUAAAGCAAAUAUAAUGCUCUUAAUCAAAUAUAGAAAUAAUCUUACUGUUAUGGGACAAACAGGAUCUGAAAUAGGUCUCUAGGAUACUAUACAAUUCGAAAUUUUCAUUUUACAAGUUUAUUACUGUCCCUCUAAAAUCUAUGAAGAUCCGGUACUGAACACUUUAUUUCUUCUGCACAUCUUAACCGAUUUAUAUCAUAUCAUUUUCCUAAGUAACCAAAUGUAUAAGUUGCAAUGUAAGUGCAUAGUAUCAAAAUGGAUUGUCACUAACUAUAAUUAUUUUCUUCGUUUCAUAAUAGCAUUUUUGUCUAAAUAAUUGUGAUUGAUAAUGCCUUGUUUAAACCAUUUUAUUCUUUCCUGCUUUAUGCUAAAAUCUGAGUAAUAUUUGUUUUUAUCAUUUCAUUAUAUAAGCAAAUAUGGGCUUUCCGUCAACUUAUUCAAGAUAAAAAAUAUCCAUAUCUCUUUUUUAAAAAAUUGUUUUACUAGACGUUACUACCAACUUUAUUUUUACUGUUUUUGUUUCACUAUAAAUAAUCACAAAUGGACAUAUCAAAUUCUUCGGCCAAUUGGUUUGAUAAGGCUAGUAACAUUAAACAGCAAAAUGUCAGUAAAAUGAAUGUCACCGUUUUCAACUAUAAAAAAU